UUGCCAGGAAGUAUUGAAAAAUAUACUGCUUGUCAAUCAACAAACUGGUCCGGGCGUGUUAGCUAAGCUUUCCAGCUUAAUAUCAAUUUUGAAGAAGCUAAGAAUACACAAAUGACAUAAGGAGUACUUCUUGUCAGAGAUUAAAGCUUUGAAGAGCGAUUUUGGCUCGAAUCUUUGUAGCAGAAUAAAUGUUUAGCAUCAGAAGGGGAGUAUGUUCCCCCACUCUUCUAUUUUGGGGUGCCCGCACUUCCCACCUAAACAUGGGCAAGCGAAUGGACUUCUCUCCGUACCUGUUGUGUUCGCUCAACAACAAAUGACAGCUCCUCCUUUUAAAAACAGAAAUAACCUUUCACCUUUUCCUGUCAACCGUCAUUAUGACUGGAAACCGGUACUCCAUACAGCUCCUCAAGCUCUCAGUGUGCCCCCAGUGGGAAUGAGCAGGAAGAGGAGGAGUGAUGAUCACGGAUUGUAUGACUUGAAGCGGCAGCGCUUCAGUUCUCCAGGAUGCCAUGAAAGGACGUCCAGGGUGGUCACCCCUUCGCCAACACCACAGACCAUUGGGGCUCGUUUGCGCAGUGAGAGUUGUGGGCCUUCUGUCAGCCCACUUAGAUCACAGCAGGCUGGCUAUGCGCCUGCUCUCCCGGGGGAACCCUGCCACGGUAUUCCUGACUCUUUUCAGGCUGCUGCCACCGAUAAGCUUAGUCAGCAGAUUAUGGAUCUAUUUCAAGCCUCCCAGCAGCAGACUGAUGACCUGGAAAAGAAGGAACUCUGUAGGACUCAGCUCCAAAGGGAAAUCCAGAGGCUUUUUCCAUAUGCCAGGUUGUUCUUGGCUGGUUCUUCUCUCAACGGCUUUGGUAGCCGAAGCAGUGAUGCAGAUCUGUGCCUCGUUGUCAAAGAAGGAAACGUGAACCAGAGAACAGAUGCCGUAUACAUCCUCAGUCUGAUUCAGAAAUUGCUUUACAAGCUGUCAUAUAUUGACAGACCACAGCUUAUUCGUGCAAAAGUGCCCAUAUUGAAAUUCAGGGAUAAAUUCAGUGGUGUGGAGUUUGACUUGAAUGUUAACAACAUUGUUGGCAUACGAAACACAUUCCUUCUAAGAAGCUAUGCAUACACUGAAUGUCGUGUUCGUCCUGUCGUGCUCAUCAUAAAGAAGUGGGCCCAGCACCAUGGAAUCAAUGAUGCGAGUCGUGGGACUCUUAGCAGCUACACUCUGGUACUGAUGGUUCUGCAUUACCUCCAGACCCUGUCUGAACCUGUCAUACCUUGCCUUCAGAAAGAUUAUGCCGAAUGUUUCAACCCUUCCAUGGAGAUCCACCUUGUACCAGAGGGUCCGAAAGGCAUUCCUCCUUUCAAAUCCAAGAACCAGUCUACCUUGGGGACUUUAUUACUUGGCUUCCUGAAGUAUUUUGCGACUGAGUUCAAGUGGGAGCAGCAAAUGAUUUCAGUCCGCGAGGCUGAAGCCCUCCCAAAGCCCAGCUGCAGAGAAUGGAAGGACAAGUUCAUUUGUGUUGAAGAGCCCUUUGACAGAUCCAACACAGCACGAGCGGUUCACGAGAGGGUUCAGUUUGACGCCAUUAAAGCAGUGUUCCUUAAGUCAUGGCAGUUGCUGCAACAGAAGAAGGAUUUGAAUUCCAUCUUGCCAGUGAAGGUGACGAUACAAACAUGUUGACAGCCCUGCCGUUUUUCUCUGGAUGCUGAAGGACCUGCUUGCCAGCAGGACAUGGAAAAGAAUCAUCUCUUCAGGGUUUUUCCAGAUGUUGUUUUAGGUCCCUGUUACUGGUUGGUGACGGUACAUGUUUUAGCUGAACCUUUUAGCUUGUCUGUUGAAGGCCGUGUCAUUGCACUUUUUUUUCUUCAAAUUUUUUAUUUUUUUUGGAGUUCAGACACUUUAUCCAGGUGUUAAAGAAUACACACACACACAAACACACACACACACACACACACACACACACACACACACACACACACACACACAAAUAAAUAAGAAACCCAUCUUCAGCUAAAUUGCAGAAUUAUUUGACAACCUGUGCUUAAAAUAUCGGACCAUGGAGUGAGUGUUAUGCUAGAUUUUAGUUUAUAUAUAUAUAUAUAUAUAUAUAUAUAUAUAUAUAAAUAUAUAUAUAUAUAUAUAUAUAUAUAUAAAUAAUUUGCUUUGGUGUAUAUAAUACUGUCCUGCUUCAGGCCAUGUUUUCCUUAUAUCUCUGCUUUGUUUAUAUGGGAAAACCUUCAACAGUCUUCACUUUUUUUGGUGUCCACUUUUUGAAGAAACAUUGUUUUAUGAAAUAGGAAAAAUGAUCCAUGAAAAUAGAUCCUAGGAUGCUUCCAUAAAAGUGGAUAUAAAGUAAAUGGGGUAAAAAACAGUGUUCUUAUUCUAUAAACACAUUUCUAUCUUUUUUUUUUUUUUUUUACAUAAAACUACAAAACCGCUUCUUGUGUAUUUUUUCCGGCUGAAGGCGACUUUGGAAAUCGCUGUGUAAUAAGUCUGCAGCUGCGCCAGUGUUCUCUGAUACAGCGUAUUUACUGAAGCAUUUCUCAGCGUUAGGAUCCAGUUCAUGGUGCUAGUGUACUCCAUUCAAGGACAGUCAAUGGGCCCAAACUGUCCUCUUUGUGGCGAACUGAAAAGCCAUUGGGAUGGAAUGGCGAAGGGAAUAAUGUGUCUUUGUUAGAAUCACUGUUAUAUUCUUGAGGGACUUCAGGUAAAAUGAGUAAUGUGGGUGAGUAUGUUGUGUGUCUGGUUGACCUUGACUGCCUGUGUUUCGUACAUUGGCAGGUCUCCCUUUUACUGUAUGCAAAGGCUAUAAUUAUAUGCUUGCCCUUUUUAUGUAUGUAUGUCCUACAAGCUUCUAUUAGAUGUUAACUUGUAAAAAAAAAUUAAACUUAUGAAAACUGAAGUGCCAUUUUUUUUUCAAUUACUGUAAUUAAAAUGGACGAUAUCAAAAAGUAUUUGUUAUUGUACUUUUUUGGAGGCAGAUUAUUAAUAGAAUUAAGGACGUGCAUCUGGUUAAUGUACAAUUUACAGGAUUUUUCUUGAAUGUGGUGUCAUUUUAUAAGUUUUUAUUAACCUGUUCUAUGUAUUUUGAAUGUAUCUUUAAAGCCUUAUUCUUGUAGAAAAAAGUAAUUUAAUUGAAGAACAGGAACCAAAGUCUCACAAUUAUUCUCUUGGAUAAUAAAGGACACUACUGGAAUCAGGAUUUUUCGAAGUAGACAAACCUUUUUUUGACGUGUUCAAUGAAGUGUUUUGGGAAGCAAACCGUUUUUGCAGUUUAAAAUUCAAACUCACUAUACUGCUAGAUCUUUACUCACCAUCAUUGCAUAACCAUUUAAUACCAUUUUACAUUUGGCUCCAAUUUUGCAACACGAGUUUUAGAAACAGAAGACAGUUGAUUCAUUACUUAGGCUGCAUAUUACGUGCGCAGAUCGAGAGCAGGGACACGGGACGUGCUGCUUUCUAUUUAGAGAGUACGCUGAGUCAGACAAAAUUCCCUAACUUGGAAUAACACAAAGUUCACUACGGAUUGGAAAGCCUUCGUAAAAUUAUUCAAAUAAUUAAGUUGUAAUGGAUACCCGGUUAGAAGAAGGGGAACAAAUUCAAUCUGUGCCGCCACUGACUGUUUUAGGGGAUGAAUCGAUCGGAAUGGAAAUAACUGAUAAAGACGCCGAAGUUGAGGAGAUUGCCAACAGUUUGAAAGAUAUUGUUCAUGACCAAGAUGUAAAGCCCAAACUGCAGUGUAUCAUGGUGGAACCCUCUUUCUCCAUGGUGACAGUCCAAAGUGAAGACAGUGCAAUUGUGUGGGAGGCCAUCUCCACUGGUGACGGAUGCACAUCGCCGGUAGCCAGCACCACCUCAGAAGGCUAUUGCAUGGAGAGUUGUGGGGCACCAGGUCAAGUAAUUUUUGUCAUGGAUGAGGACAAAAGGAGAAAAAUGUCAAGCAGCAAAAGCAAGCCUAGUGAAAAAUCAAGCAGACCUGUAACCGCACCUAGUGAAAAUGUCGUACCAGAAAGACCAGCAAUGAUAGAGUUUUCUAUGCCCAACAUAAGGCCUGAAAAUACAAAUGAAUAUUACAGGUUAACAGACCCAAAGAAGGACAGAGAUCAGGCAUUGUUUAGUAUUAUUUCUGAUGGCUCUGAGAUUCUAAACAUUUUGGUUCCAUCAAAACUUUCCACAGUGGAUGAAGAGGAAAGCCUUGUGAUGGCUGAUAACCUGUUUUAUUUAGAGGACAGUCCCAAGAUCAAAGCAAAGCAAUUGAUUGAAGAAACUCUGGAACCAUAUUUUGAGUUCUCGGGUGAAUUUAACUUACAGAACGACGAGGACAACGCAAAAUAUGACGAAAAAAAACAUUUACAAGAUCCGACAGUGGAUUAUCUGCAUUCUCCAAGUUCUCAUGGUAAACAAAUGAUAAAGGCUACAACCAGUGGCGUUGAUUAUUUUGAGAAAUUUACCCUGAUGGAUGAGUGCAGUCCAGGUGAAUUCCUGUCUGGCACAGAGGAGUACAUUUGUUCAAAACCAAGUGAACAAAAAGAAAUACCUGAAAAGCAAGAAUGUGCUCCAGAAGAGCAAUUAGACCACUUUGCAGCUUCCAGUGACAUUGCAAUUGCAAAUGAGUAUAUUGAUGACAUAUUUUAUGGAAGUACUUCACUAGAUGAAAGCUAUGUGAUGAAUAUGCAAGAAGAAAAUGAAGCAGAAGCACAUGAGCAGCCAAAAUCCCCACUUAAGGAAAGUGGUUCUGAUUUGUUUGGUAGUGAGGAGACGACCCUCUUUCCAAUUUUUCUAUCACCUGGGCCACCAAAAAUCAUCGACCCCAUUCUUCUCGAGGAGCCAACAGCAAUGUCGUUCCUUUACUCUGAUCUUUAUGCGGAAGCAGUGGGAAAUAGGAAGACGGAAGAUUCAGAGUGUUCAGAGGAAGUGGAGAGCGUUUCCUCCGAUUCCUUGCAGAGAAGGUUAUCAGAUGCAAGUGAUAUUUGUGGAUAUUUUGAGAAAUUUAUCUUAAUAGACGAAACCCCUGUGGUCGAAGGUGAACCUGUCACAGACGUUUACAGAGGGGAUGGAUUUGACAUUAGUGCUCUGAUAAGUGUGCAAGCUACUGAAAAGGAUAAAUUGUGUGGAUUGAUAUCAGUGUUAAAAGGAGGAUCAGAAAGCACUGAGGUCUCCGUAUCUGACCUGGAGUUGAUACAUGGUGCAGUAGAGGAGUACUGUGCAGGCCUCAAACAGUCUGCAGACGAGCAGACCGAAGAGACAGGGAAGAAAAUAAGGGAUCUUUACAAACAGAUGACUGAAUGCAUGGAUGAAAAUAAGGCUUUCAAGUUGGAAAUUUUACAGAGUCAGAUUGGCACGAUCAAAGAAAGCAUGGAAUCAACGAGGGAAGCUCUGGUGAUGGAGUUGAUGAAGAUGGAGGAGACCUCUAAAGCGUCUAAACUGGCAAAAGGUAAUUGAAAUGGGUGUUAAGAGGAUCAUUCUGCUUCUACACCGGUCAUAUCAUGGGACACCUGCGGAUACCAGAGAGGCUGAGUGGUUUGAGUAGAAUGAUGCGUGACACCGUGCCCCCCCCUGUUACCAGAUCUCAAGCCAGGGUUGAGAGAUUCUGGAGGAACAGCUGGGGAAAUGUGUUCUUCUACCGUCAACAAAGCAACACAGAAUGGAAUUUCUCAUGAAGCAAAACUGAGUCCCCCAGCGCUUGUCAGGCUGUUGCUCCGUAGAGGUAGAGGAGGUCAAACUUCCUCUUUUUUGCGAUUAAAUUAUGAAACAAGUAACUUUGAAAUUAAUACAAUGUUAUUGUGAUUUCAAAAGCUCAUUAAGAAUAUAAUUCACCAAUGUGAUAUUGUCAGCCACCAGCUGCCACUGAUGCUGAGGAUCAUUGAAGCUGGGGGCUUGUGUGCUGGCCCAGCAACGUGUUAAAAUUUUAUGUUUGUGUCUCAAUUUGACAGUUUUCUCCACAUUUUAUAUGGGCACCGCAUGUAGCAAGUAAAGAUAAACAAAACAUUCAAUGUCUGAUGGGGGCCCUAAAAAAUUCGAACAUAAUAGAAUUUGUCUGGGUUGGGGGCCCAGUUUGAUAUGAUAUUUGUGCGUGAUGAUAUAAUUUACACUGUUGUGCAAUUUGUACCCGCCUUCUCAAUUGGAAAGUUUAUUAUGGACUAGGGCUGCACGAUAUCUAUAAAAUUCCAAAUGUGGCUUUUUUGAAUUUUUAUGGGAUAAAUAUUGGAUUAUUUAUAAAGCAAAAAAUAAACUGCAUAGCCUAAUAGAUUCUGUCUAAGAAGUUGGUGAUGUUGCCGUGACUUGUGCCAACACAAAGCAGGGCCGACAAAUCACUUGCUUUUGCUCAAUAUCAUCCAUACCGUGGAAAUCGAAUGUCUUUUGGUGACCAGUUCUUGUUUGCUUAUCUCCUCCAUUUUUGUUUCAUUUCUCGGAAACGCACAACAUUGUCUCUGAGUGAGUCAAACAGCAAGGAUGAAAAUGAUUAUGAUUGGCUUGGAGAGCACAUGCAGAGCUCAUGCAAAAGCAGUAGCGGUAAACUUUACAAUUUUUACCAUAUACUAGAUAAUCUUGAAAAAGAACAUCCAUUUGAGUUUAGUUUCCUGUGACAAAAUAAAAAUGUUUUAACUGAAAAAAUACCAUAUGCAUGGUGGUGCAGUGGUUAGCACUGUUGCCUCACACCUCUGGGACCCGGGUUCGAGUCUCCGCCUGGGUCACAUGUGUGUGGAGUUUGCAUGUUCUCUCCAUGUCGUCGUGGGGUUUCCGCCGGGUACUCCGGCUUCCCCCCACAGUCCAAAAACAUGCUGAGGCUGAUUGGACUUGCUAAAUUGCCCAUAGGUGUGCAUGUGUGUGUGCAUGGUGUGUGAGUGUGCCCUGCGAUGGGCUGGCCCCCCAUCCUGGGUUGUUCCCUGCCUCGUGCCCAUUGCUUCCGGGAUAGGCUCCGGACCCCCCGCGACCCAGAAGGAUAAGCAGUUUAGAAAAUGGAUGGAUGGAAUACCAUAUAAUGUCUGGAUUGUAUAAAAUAUUAGACACUGCCCAAACCUGAUCUCAACCCAACUGACUAUCGUGGUCCUUGCAAUGUGACAGUAACAUGCGAUGUUGAUAUUGACAUUACAUAUCGUGGAGGCCUAGUUUGGACAUGCAGUGGGAAAGAUGCAGUGGAAGCAGCAAAUUAUUUAAUAAGAAUAACUAGAACAAUAAUACACAAGAAAACUGUGCUACAGAACCUCUAGAAUGACAUUGGGUUGUCUUUAAGUGUUUGACUUUUAACAAAGUUGCGAAUAUAUACUAUGUACUAAUAAUACAUGAACUGAUAUUUACUAUUCUAUAAGAACUUGCAUACUGUGAUUUAGCUGUGAUUUAAAUGUGAUUUAAGCAUAUAAUUUAAUAUUAAUGCCAUAUUUUACCCAUGGUAUUAUCUAUUAGCAUUCCAGUGAAGUACACAAAAAACAUUAUGCAACUUGAACUAUAAAAAGGUCCACUAGCAUCUGAACCAUCUGAACACUGUACAUCUGUAAUACUUUAUUAUUUUGCAAAUUCUUAAACCCCCCCCCAACCCCCAUUUCCCUUGCAUGUUUACAGGUUUGGUGUGGAAAAUCUAUAAAACGGAAAAAAACAGAGGAAAUACACGUCAAAGGAACAUUUCUAAUCAGAGCAGUGUUUAAGAAAACAGAAGAAUAAAUAAUGAAAUAAUGUAGCUUCAGCGUGGGGAGGUUGAGUGAAUGUGUGAAAUCCACUGAUUAAAAAAAAAAAAAAUUUACCUCCUGCAGCCUUAUUUACAGUCUCUGAUAUGGAGGAAUUUGUAUGUAUACAACAGGAUAUCCAGGCAAUCGAUAACAAGUCUUAACAUAUGUUAAACUUGCUUGAAAUUACAAUAAAUUUGACUUUGCAACACUCGAA